UCCUCUAACGGAGCGGCGCGGCGAGGCAAAGGCAAUAAUAUACUCUACUAUCUCCCCGAGCGCAGCCAAACCUCCCGCCCCACCAGCGAUGCGAUGGUGAUGGACGAGCCCCUCGACUUCGAGAAGGAGGAGGACCCCCUCCUUCCCGCCCCGCGCCCCCGCCCCGCCAAGAGGAAGAAGGUUAUCGGCCUCGACGAUCUUUUACUCGAUUACUUAGAGACUGGUAAAGAUGAUCUCAAAGUUAAGGCUGGUAAGUCUAAGCACGUCCCCAAAGGUUAUAGUUCAGAUGACGAAGACAAGCAAGUCAGGGAGGAGGAGAUUAAGUUAUGCAAAUUUGUUGAGGAUUGUGAGGAACAGGCGAAAGAGAUGGAUGCUAGAGAUGAUGUCCCCCCAUGGGGUCAAAGGGUUUUUGGCUGCCAGAAACCCCCCUCAAUUCUUAGCGAUACAGGAGUUGAAAAUUGUCAACUUCUGCAAUCAUUCUGUGCGAAUGAGCAGUUGGGCUUUGAUCUAGAGAUUGCACAAGGAGAGGGGUUCCUUGAAGGCAUGCUGAUGGAUGGAUGGCUUCUGAAGUUGGUUCAUAUAUAUGGUUCUGUUGAAGACUCUAUUGCAUCGUGGACACUAACCAAGCUGCUGUAUUCAUCCAAUAAGAAGUUACAACAUUCUGCAACCUACUUUUGGGAUAGUGUUCUUUCCCUAGACGAGGCUGAUAAACUGGUGGUCGAACUUGGGUAUUUUCCAAACUACUCUGUUCUGAAGUGUGCUAUACAGCGCUACGGAUAUCUAUUUGAUACUCCUGGCACUAAAGCUUCAACCUCUGAAAGUGUGGCUGCAGAUAGUUCGGAUGAUGGUCCACCUCAAAACAUCAUUGCAUGGUUAAGACUUGUAUCUGCUUGCUGCAAAAUCAGAAAAGUGCGCUCUAUCUUCUCACCUUCUGAGGCAGAAGAACUCCUUGUUAUUGUGAUUUCCCUCUUUUUGGACCGUGGACUUGAAGGGCUGCUGCUUAUUUUGGGAGACUGCCUGAAUUCACUUGUCUUAUACUUCAAUACGAGUGAGUGGGAAAGUAGUUGUGUGAUGGUGGCUGAAUCAAUCGCACAGAGGGUCACUAUGGACCUUAAUUGUUUAAGGGUUGUUGACUGCAUUGCUGGGACCAGUAACCGCAGCAAGUUCCUAAGGAGUCAGCUGGCACUUCAGCUGCUCAAGAUUAGCUUUGGUCUUAAGGUGGCAAACGUUGAAAAGAUCUUGAAGUUAAUCGUGUCCAUCAAUGUGAAGGAGAAAGAAUGCGACUUUUUCAGGCUUUAUGUAUAUCUUGUUUUGAUGGACAACUUACUCUUCUCAAGUGACGCAUUUAGAGAUAAGACUGUGAUUGUUGAUUCAUGGCGUAAUUAUCUGCGGAACUGCUCGACGCAAAUUGGAUGCACAGACUGGAGAUUCUAUGCUCCAAAGGCCCGAAACAAGGCUUCAUAUCUUCUUCAAGGUGUAAUCUUAAAAAGGCCCGCUGAUGAUGGUAACAUUUUUGCUAGGUGAUGUUACUGCUGAAAGGCAGAGUAUCUAUCUAUAGCAGUAGUAGUACCCCCCCCCCCCCUCCCCCUUCCGGAACCAUUAGCUGUAGGAAAUAUAGCCGUGUUUCCUGUGGAAGGGCGAAACACUCAUAGCUUGUUUAUGGUACCAGAUGGUUAACCAUGCCAGCUUUGUAUAGUAUAUUUUGCGUCACUGGAUGCUGCAUCUUUUUUGUGUCAGCUGAGCUCACCAUCUGGUAAGGAGUGGAUGCAUCGGAGGCCAUGAAGCGCAGGCUGUAUGCAUCGGAGGAUGCAAAAAGCCGGAACUCUUUCCAUUAUCUAAAAAAUCUGGUAAGGAGCGUGUGUGCAGCUGCAUCGUGCACCAGAUGAGCCCAUAGGUGAUGCCACUUGACUGGUGGCAGACACUGAUUGAACUUGCGCAGCAAAUUAUUUACUAUCCAUAUUGGAAUUGUGUA